AUGGAUUCUCCUGGUGGUAACAUAUCGCCCCCGGGCACCGACAACCCCAAACUACUCAUCAUUGGAAUUACCAGUGUGGUGCUUUUUGCCAUUGGUCUUUCCAAACUUUCAGUCACAGCACAGCACAAACGGGCUGAAAACACACCCAGCUUUGUGAAGUCGCUGCUGCUCUUCGGCUACUCAUGCUUCCUCAAGCCGCACUCUGCCGGCCCCAAGGGGAACCAGCAGAACGCCCUCGAGAGCUUCUACUCGAGCCAGGCCAGCGUCUACGAUGCGACGAGAAAGAUUCUCCUCACGGGCCGGGAGGAUAUGUUGGCACUCGUUGCCGCAGAACUCCGCUUCAAGGCCGAAAAGGACGGCAUAGGCGCAGAAAAGGAACGCAUCUGGGUUGACGUGGGUGGCGGAACGGGGUGGAACAUCGAGGCCAUGUCCGAGUUCCUCGACGUCCCCAAGUUCUUCUCCGCCAUCUACUUGGUCGACCUGUCGCCAUCUCUCUGCGAGAUUGCCAGACAGCGUUUUGCACGGCUCGGCUGGACGAACGUGAAAAUAAUCUGCGAGGAUGCGAAGAAAUUCCGCCUCCAAGAAUAUGAAAACCUCGGCGACCGAACCCCUCCCCGUUCGAGGCUGAGCUACUUUGAUCAGACCCCCCCUGGGCACCGCGGAGCCGAUCUGGUUACCAUGUCGUACAGUCUCUCCAUGAUUCCCGACUACCACUCUGUCAUUGACUCAAUCUCGUCACUUCUCUCACAAGACGGUGUCUUGGGUGUUGUUGACUUUUACGUGCAAUCCGUAGUUGACGUUGCCUUCCGCAACUACACGGGCGGCCUCGUUGGACGCCAUGUUAACUUCUUUUCCCGUACGUUUUGGCGUGCCUGGUUCGACCUUGACCGAGUGUCGCUUGACGCUGGCCGGCGGGACUAUCUCGAGUACCGCUUCGGAACGAUCCUCUCCGCCAACUUGCGCAAUAAACGUCUCGGGUUUAUUCCCUACUACGUAUGGGUGGGCUGCCAGAAAAAGCCCUUUUCCCCAUCCAGCCUACCGCACGAGAUAAUUGAGCGUAUCGAUGCCAUGGCAACCGAGUCGCCUUACCUACUUCCGACCAACAAGCAAAGCGUAACGAAUGCGCUAGCACGCGCUGUAGAAAAGACGGCCCCAGAGAUUCGGUCAAAGGCGUUCGAUGCCGCCAUCCAAAACCUUUCAGUCAGCCUGCCUCUUCCCUCCUUCUUUUACCAGAACCAUCAUUGGCGCAUCUACUACGACGACCAGCUCAAGAAGCACACGCAGUUCAACGACGAGUAUAUCUACGCCUUCACCUGGGAGGACUCGCGCGUCGACGAGCGUCUUUUAAAAUUGGGCCCUGAGGACGUUGUGCUGGCUAUCACAAGCGCUGGUGACAAUAUUCUUGCGUACGCCACGCAAAGUCCUGCUACAAUCCACGCCAUUGACCUCAACCCAGCGCAAAAUCACCUCCUGGAGCUCAAGGUGGCCUCGUUUACGGCACUGCCCUACAAAGACUUUUGGAAGAUGUUUGGGGAGGGGAAGCACGCCCAAUUCCGUCACUUGUUGAUCUCCCACCUGUCUCCUCACCUUUCGAGCCGGGCUUUCCAGUACUGGCUUGCCAGAUCACACAUCUUCACCGACCCUCGGGGCCGCGGCUUGUACGAUACAGGCGGUUCCAAGCACGCAAUUCGCAUCUUCAGAUGGAUGUCGCGUGUUUUUGGAUGCCGGGGAGCCGUCAAGGACUUGCUGGCAGCCAAGACACUCAAUGAGCAGCGGGAGAUUUGGCGCGCCAAGAUCCGCCCUGCCCUGCUCUCAAGCGUUGUCUGCAACCUCGUCGUCAGCUCCGAGGCGUUCCUGUGGGCGGCUCUGGGCGUCCCUAAGAACCAACUGGCUAUGAUCGAGGAGGACCACGCAAACAGCGAGGCCGUGAACGACCCGUCGUUAGCGGCUAAAAACACGCGCGCUCACGCAGUCUGGCGCUACAUGGUCAACACACUGGAUCCCGUGGCGGAGCAGACGCACAUCGCCGGGGACAAUCCGUACUACCAGGUCUGCCUCGAGGGCUCCUUCUCGCAGCGGUGCCACCCGGAGUACCUGUCGGCAGCCUCGCACGCGCGCCUGAGCCGGCCCGGGGCGUUUGACGGGCUGCGCAUCCACACGGACGAGAUCGACGAGGUGAUUGCGCGCAUAUCGCCCGGCACGCUCACCGUGGCCGUCGUGAUGGACAGCAUGGACUGGUUCGACCCCGGCUCGACGGCGGCCGGGCGGCAGAUCACCAAGCUCAACCGCGCGCUCAAGAUGGGAGGCCGCGUGUUGCUGCGUAGCUCGGCACUGACACCUUGGUACCUGCGCGAGUUUGAGUCAUACGGCUUUGCGUGCAAGCAGGCUGGCACGCGCUCGCCGGGCGAGUGCAUCGACCGCGUUAACAUGUACGCUAGUUGUUGGGUAUGUACCAAGCGUGACAACCUGUCACCUCCUACCCCGGAAGCUGAAAGGGUGGGGGGCGUGGAAGUGCAGAGUUGGAGUCUAGAGUUUGGGGAUGGGGACGGGGGCCUGGAUCUGCAGCAGCAGCAGCAGCAGCAGCAGCAGUCAGCCCUACGCUGA